CAGAGGUCGUAGUUAGGAGAGGUCAAUGUGUCCUUCCACACGUGCGGCGCUGUGAGCUGACAGACGCUGCAGUGACGGGGAGCCGGUCGGUCGUCGUGUGCCGCCAAACUUCAUUUAUUCCGUCGUUACCAACUUUCCACAGUCAUGCUGAAGUCGCUCGUCCGGGCGGUGGGAGCCGCCGUCCGCGUCUCCGCGGCCACCGCGUCCACAGCGCGAGCGCUGCCGCUCAGCUGCCCGACCCUGUGCUCGCCGAGCUCGGCCACGGUCCGGCCCUUCACCCGGUCCCUGUGGGUGAUGAGCAGCGACGGGGCGUCGUCGGGAUACAGGCCCAAGCUGUUCAGUUCAAGAGUGCGACAUCCCACCGUGUCGUGCGGAUGUGGAGGACUGCACACGGAAGGUGACAAGGCAUUCGGUGAUUUCCUGUAUGAUGAAAUAAAAGAAGAGCAGAAGAUCCAGAAAAGCAAAACUCUUCCGAAGAUGUCUGGAGGAUGGGAGAUGGAGAUGAACGGCACCGAGGCUAAACUCUCAAGAAACGUUUCUGGAGAGAAAAUCUCUGUCACAUUCAACAUCAACAACAGCAUUCCUCCAAACUUUGAGGAAGAGGCAGAACAAGGACAGCAGAAGUCUGCAGAGGAAGAGCCAGAAAUUCAGUCAACGCCCAACUUUGUCGUUGAAGUAACAAAACAGGCUGCAAAGCAUUCCCUGGUGUUCGACUGCCACUUCCCUGAAGAUGAGAUUAGUCACGGUGAAGGAGAAGAGGAGAGCGACAUCUUUGCCAUUCGCGAGGUCAGUUUCCAGCCCGAGGGAGAUCUGGAGUGGAAGGAGACCAGCUACACUCUCAACACAGACUCUCUGGACUGGGCCCUGUAUGACCACCUGAUGGACUUCCUGGCCGACCGCGGCGUCGACAACACCUUCGCCGAUGAGCUGAUGGAGCUGAGCACUGCCAUUGAGCAUCAAGAGUACAUCAAAUUCCUGGAAAACCUCCAGGGCUUUGUCAAAUGUAACUAAUCUUGGAUAGAAGCUGAAAGUUGGAAAAAAUGGAGAGUCGAUGGUUCAGUUAGACUAAAGCGAAUGUUGCACCACCACUGAAUGGUUGAUUUGCUUGGCGCUCUGAAGAGACUGGAGAUAGAGUCUGUGACAGCGAGUCUUGUUGCCAGUAAUUGUCACAAAGACUGAGCUGCAAAAGGGUUUUCUUUGUUAAAAUGUGGCUUUAUUUUUCUGUAACUUAAAACAAGAUAGAUAUCUAUAAAUUAGAUAUAUGAAGGCUAUAAACGAUAUGGGUCAUGAGAACAUGCAGAAACCUUCAUUAUAAGAAAUGUCUCUCAAUUCUGGAGUUCCUGUCUUAACUGCAGUGGUUCAAUAUGGCCUAGUGGUCAGUGUUUGAAAUUUCAAGUUCCCAACAAGCAAAUAAAUUGGCAAAUUGUUCAAGAUGUAUAAUCAAAGAAAAAACACAUAAAACAAACCGUUUACAAAAUCACUCCUCCCCUAAAUGUGUCUGUGACAGUUUUUGGUAAUCCUGCCUAAUCUUUCCUCUUGUUGGCUUUGUGUGGGAGUUCAUGUUGAUUCAUACAGCUUUGACUCUGUCAGACCAUAACAAAGCGUCUGAGUCUGAAUGGCACAUAGCACAGUGUGUGUUGGAAGAAUGGAAGGUUUGUCCAUUAAAACAGUUUCAUAUGAA